CGGCUCUAUGACUACCUCGGCCAGGAGGGCGGGCUCACCGCCGCCACCGUCGCCAACGUGGUCGCCAACAUGGGGUCCGGCGUGAAGCCGGCUCUUACGCUGUCCAACACAAUGGCGGGCAGUUGUCACAACGGCACUGCCGCACUACUCAGUCGCCUGGGCGACUCUGAAAAGCCGGGCCAGCCGACUGGGUUUGUGGGUUCGCCCGGACGGUCGUGUUUCCAACCGGUCGGGCUGGGCGGGGUCAGUCAAACAUCGGAGGCUUCUGCUGCCGUGAUGACGGUCUUCCAGAAAGCGCUCACCGCACCACAUGCACAGCCCGGACGCUAUCAUACUGAGCCUGCGGUCUCAUCUCCUCUGCUUUUACCUCCGUCCACGGCCGAAUCGUUCAUCAACCGCCUUCCUCUCUCGAAUUGUCGAUUGCCCGGCGAUCUGCUAGCAUGUAGUAGACGCAGCUUGCUGAACUCAAAUCCUUGCCAGAUGGGGAAUUUGCAUCUAGGCCAAGAGGGAAUCGAGCCCAAUGGCAACAUGUCCAUCCAAAGUGGACUGAAAUUCGAGCUUGACCCUUCCGCAGACACAAUAUCGCCCAGCGUCGAAGAGUCAGAUCCUCCGAUCCUUUUAUCUGUUGCAGGUCUGUACGGCCGGUCAUUUCAGCAUGCCUAUUAUGCUGGCUUUCCGCGUGCCCCGCAGAACCAGGCUGCUCUCCGAAACUUCGCAUCGACUGUCCCUAAUGACCCCGAUAGUGCAGUACCCAGCAGCGAUUCAACUUCAAAUGGCGAGAAAGAUGCACACCAAGUUUACUGA